GUGGGCUUUCCAAAACGACACCAACGAACCCUGGGCGCUGGUCGCGAAAGGCUGCUCGGCGAUACCGAUUCUUUGGCUGCUUCUGUUGAGCCUGCGGCUGUGUUCGGCCGGCGCUGACUUGACAUCCAAAUGCCAGAACAUACCAGCAUUUGUGAACCAGUUGCAAUCAAACGAGCCUUUGAACGAAGACCGGCAAUACCUUGUCCGAUACAUUGACGACAGUUCUGCCGGUUUCGUCAUCAAAGAUGUCAAACUGACGAGAGAAAUCUUCCUGAAGGAAAUGAUCCUUUUCGCAGGCACCGCAUCUGCACUCAUAACACUGAUGUCGCGAAUUUACAUUUAG